AUGUAUUCCUUUCUUUUCUUUUUCUUUUUUUUUUGGCGUUUUCUCUCUUCACCCUCUCUCUUCACCCUCUCUCUUCACCCUCUCUCUUCACCCUCUCUCUUCACCCUCUCUCUUCACCCUCUCUCUUCACCCUCUCUCUUCACUCUCUCUCUUUUAUUACGUAAAUUUAUAUUUCUAUAUUUUUUCAUUGUAAAUUUCGGUAUCUUUAUUUCUAUCUUUCCUCUCUCUUAUUUUGUUUGUUUUUCUUUUUUCCGUCUUCUUAUCACUCUUUCUCUCAUUAUUCUCUUUUCUUUUCUUUUUUUUUUUUCAUCAAUGCAUGUCUCUUGUUCUAUCUCUCUUUUUUUUUUAUUCUUCUUCCUUCAAUCUGUGGCAGUUCCUUAUUUCUCUUUAACUCUAUAUACAUUCUUCGCUUAUUUACCGUGUCUUUCCUUCGGUGUCCAGAGGAUAAUUUGUUCAUUUUAUCUCACUUCAUUUCUUUUUCUCUCUCUCUCUCGUCCUCUCCUACUCUCUCACAACUUUUCUUUCUUUUCUUUCUUUUCUUUCUCUUUCAUCUCACUGGAUUCUAUUUUCCUUAAUCUUUCAGUAUUUAAAUGUGUCUUUACUAUCUUUCUGUCAGUCUUGUUUGUUUGUUUGUUGUUGUUUUUUUCUUUCUCUCUCUCUCUCUAUUUUAUUUCUUCUCAGGUUCUUAAAAUCUCACUUUCUUUCUCUGUCUGUCGUUUUCUCCUCCUCCUCUCUCUCUCUCUCUCUCUCUCUCUCUCUCUCACUAUUUCUCUCUCUUUCUGUCAAUCAUUCUUUCUCUCGCUCUUUCUCGUUUUACUCUUUCUCUCUCUCUUUCACUUUCUUUCUGUCUUUCUCUCGCUGUCUCUUUUACUCUCUCUUACUCUUACUUUCUAUUUCUCUCUCUCUUUCUCUCUCUCCCUUCCUCCUUUUUCUCUAUCUUUUUAUCUCUCCUUCUCUCUUACUCUCUCUCUCAUUUUCUCUUUCGCUCUCUUUUUUCUCUUUCCUUUCUCCUCAGUGCCUAGAAGCUUGUCUGUUUCUCUCUUUCUCUCAAUUUCCCUUUCUCUAAAUGCCUAUCUUAUUUGCCUUUGUUCCCUUUCUGUCUUUUCCCACAUCGGUCUCUCUAGUCUUUUCAGGCAAUUACGUUUUCCUUCUAAUUUUUUCAUCUAUCUAUCUAUCUAUCUAUCUAUCUAUCUAUCUAUCUAUCUGUCUAUCUAUCUAUCUAUUAGUCUGUUCAUAUCUAUCAUAAUCUGUUCAUAUCUAUCUAUCUAUCUAUCUAUCUAUCUAUCUAUUUGUUCAUAUCUCUCUACCUAUCUAUCGAUCGGUCUACCACAGUUUUUUUUUCAAAUCUAG